AUGGGCGCACGGCAAAGGGAGACUUUGCACCGCAAAGCACUGCCGGCGCUCGGCAAAGAACACUUGCUCGGCAUUGUCUACAUGGCGCUCGGCAAAGCCCUUCGCUCGGCAAAGCCCUGUACAUCUAAAUCGGGAUCGGGCCAGGUGAUACCCAUUCGCCAACACACCCCAUCGCGCCCCAGCUUCGAUCCCGACGCGCCGCCGUGCCGCCACCCCCCGACGCGCCGCCACCUCGCGCCGCCUCCCUCCGCUUCCCUCCACCUCCACAUCCGCCGCCACCUCGCGCCGCCUCCGGCGCGCCGCCACCUCGCGCCGCCUCCCUCCGCUUCCCUCCACCUCCACAUCCGCCGUGCCCAUCGCUCCCCCUCCCGACGCGCCGCCACCUCGCGCCGCCUCCCUCCGCCGGCGACCUCCCUCCGCUUCCCUCCGCCGCCUCGCCGUGCUCUCCUCGCGCCGCCUCCCUCCGCUUCCCUCCGCCGGCGACCUCCCUCCGCGCCUCUGCCCCCAGCCGGCCACCGCCGCCACAGCCUGCGCCCCGACCUCCGCCUCCACCCCUCCACCUCCACAUCCGCCGCCCGACGCCCCUGCCGCCGCCUCCCCGUCAAGCCCCGCGUCAGCUUUUUCCAUUUCAUCAGGCACCACAACUGUGAAAGGAAGGCAAAAUGUAUCUUUCUUACUACUGCGCAAGUGCGAUGCUUCCAGGAGGACACGGGGGGCGGCGUCGCGAGGGUCUCUGAGGGGGCGUCCCGGAUCUUCUUCGAGGUGGUCACGGGGGGCGGCGUCGCGGUGGUCUUUGAGGGGCCGUCCCGGAUCUUGUUCGUCGAUUCGCUCACGCGUCAAGGGUAA